UUUUGAAUCAGGCAAAUGAACAGACCCCUCCCCGCCGGAUCCUAUGAGAUAAAAAGGCCCAGGCAGAGGAGGCUGGCAGGGAGAUCGAGGCGGCAAGUGAGAAAGAUGAAGGGUCUCUGCGUUGUGCUGCUGUCACUGAUGCUGUUGCUGCCGGACCUGCCCAAGCCCGUUUUGGGGGCCUCCACGGAGCCCCAGGGCCUGAGCUACGAAGAGGCCCUGGCCCGCGCCGUCAGCAACUUCAACGACGGCUCGGCGGAGGAGAAGGCGUUUCGACUUCUGCUGACCGAACCCCAGCCCCAGUGGGACCCGAAAUCCAAGGAACCUCAGCCCCUGAUCUUCAGCAUCAAAGAGACGGAAUGUCCGGCGGAGGACAGGGACCUUGACCUGGAAAAGUGCGAGUUCAAAGCCAAUGGGCUGGUGAGGGAGUGUUGGGGUUCUGCCUCGGCUGUACCCGGAGCGGCCGUGGGGGUCAUCACGUGUGAGCCUCAGGAUGCCCAGCCCAUCCGCGUCAGGCGAGGACUCCGGAAGACUCUGAGGAAGCUCAAAAAAAAGUUGAAAAAAUUUCUCCCGAAAUCCCCUCGUUACUUCCAAGUGAGCAAAGACUUCUGAGGGGCGUCCCUGAUCCUGGAGAGGCCUUCGGGGGUCCCCCUCUCCGCAGCCGGCCGCCUCCGUGUCUCCGGGAAAUAAAUUUUCUGUUCAUCUGUCC